AUGCCGAAUGCCUCAGCCGAUCGAAAUGGACCGGAAAAGGAGAAGCGCAGCCCUCGCAUCGCUCCUGCAGAAUUGGUGGCACAAGGAGGGGCCGAAGAUGGCGAGGAUGUCAUCAGACGCGGCGCUGCUGCCUACACGCAACUAAUGAAGGAGUCUCUAGAGAAGGGUUCGGCUACCAGCUGUUGGCAGCAAGUCAGCGAGCAGCUCAUGCUUUUGCAGCACCAAACGCACGAAGACGCCUGUAGCAGCAAAGGGGAGGCCUUUAGGGAGCUCAUUGCUCUAACUCGAAUGCGGUGUAUAUACACCAGAAGCGGCCGGCCCUUUCCAGGGCCGAAGGACGGCUGCUUCCUGUUUCCGCACGAAGUCCCCCAGGAUUGGAUUGCCCCGUACGGGCAAACUGAAGAAGAUGAAGACGGACCUAGAACUCGAAGUCACCCUUGCGUGCAGCUUGACGCUGUGCUGCAGCAGCUGCAGCAGCAGCAGCAACAACUGCAGGACGAGGCGUGGGAAGAAGCGGACGGUGGCAGGGAGCAUUCAGAUUCCCGAUUCAACCGUGAAACAGGGCAAACAGCAUCGCAUUCAGCAGCCACCCCCGAUGCAAACAGAGCUGCGAUAGUACAUGUGGCUCUGGAUGCGCCCGCAGCGCAGCUGCAGAGACUUCAACAGCUAAAGCAGCAGCUCCAUCGGCGUUGCAUUGCACUGACGCAGCGGCAGGCUGCUGCCUGUCAGGAGCACGGCAAAAUGAGCUUUGGGACUUUCGCUCUUGUUCGAGAGCAAAUAAAUCAUAUUGACAACAUCUGCUUCUUUCUGCAUAGCUCCGAGAGGCAGAGGAGGACAGAGGAGGCGACCAUGCGGCUCUCCGCUGCGUCUGAAGCCGCUACGGCUCGCAUGCACGAGCAGCUGCAGCAUCUGGAGCACCUGGAGCGGCUGCAGCAGGAGCUGCAGCUUCAGCAGCUGCGGGGAGGGAACUACUUGCAGCAGCUGUUGCAGCAGCUGCAGCAGGGGCUGGAGGACUCAUUUGCAGUGCUGCAGCAGCUCAAAGCCUUCCACAGGGCUGUGGGGGAGUGGAUGGGUGAGGCGGAGGCUUUUGUGGUAUACGGCACGGCAGCCUUCGUUGCCGUACUGCUGACAACCAGCAGAAGAGUUGCUGCAGCUCGUCUUGGAAUAUUGGGCCUCAUUUGCGCGGCUGCCGCGGCAGAAGUGGUGCUGCACCACGAGGGCAUCUCCCCGUAUCUGCUGGAGCUGACACAGCGCCGAGAGCCUCCCCGCAGCACCUUGGAAGCCGCGGAAAAGAGCAGCAGCAUGCAAGGCCUGCUAGAGACGUUGCUGCGACAAGCAGCAGAAUCCGCAUCUGCUGGCCUUGCUCUUCAUGGCACAUCGCUCAUCCGCUGGGCUUGCUGGGUGGCUUCCUCGUUGUUGUGGAUACGCUGCUUCCGAGGGUACAGAAGCCCUGAGCAGCGGCUUCAGCAGCAGCUGCAACUGAUGCAGCAGCAGAUGGCAAAAAUACGCGAGGAGCUGCGGGAGGCACAAGCCGCUGGCGACCCCAGAAUGCCACGGGUGCAGCAGCAGCUGCAACAGCUGCUGCAGUGCGUUGCGGCGAAAGACACGGCAGUGCUGCUGCGCCUUCAGAAACAGCAGCAAGAGCAGCUGCAGCACCAGCCACAGGUUGGAGAAAAGCUGCAACGGCCCCAAAAGGGCCGCAACCUUGCGAGACGCGUGGUGGGGCUGGCUGCGGCUUCUGGCGUUGCAGCGAUCCAUACGAUUUGUGCUACUGCUGCGAGGGCAGCUGUCAUCCUGUGUGGGCUCUGUCUCUUCCCUUGGUCAGUCUGCCGGCUUAGAAGGAGCGCCAAAGACACCCCGUCCCCCUCUCCCUGUAUCCCGACUGGCGGAAGUGUUACCAGCGUCCACUGCACUACAAACGGCUUGCAGACAGUCAGCCGUACAAGGCCGGCUGCCUUCUUAUCAAGUCGCUGCAGCAGCUACUGCAGCGGGAUCACUAGGCCCCAGACGCUGCCUCGCAGGCUAGGCCUUCCCUUGGCGCUUCGCGAGCAGUCUAGGAGGCAUAAUGAAGACGAAGGGGAGGCUGUCGACCCCACUUAUCAGCCCCUUCCCAGCAGCAGCCCUAGCGGAAGCGAUACUGGGGAAGAAGAAGACAGUGCUUCUGCUGCUGCUGCCGCUGCUGCUGCUCCUCCUUCUCCAACUGCAGGCCCAGAUAACACUGAGAAACACAACCACACGGCACCGAGUCAGCGUCAUGCGCCGAAGCUGUCACAAAAAAAGCCUCGGCAGCAGCAGCAACAGCAGCCACAUAGGGAGACGCCAUCCCCCCAGCCACUGCGUCGAAAUCCUGUGCGGCGCUGCCGCGUUACGAAUUAUGCUAAACUUGAGGAGCCCCAGGAUCCAAAUGUCUUCUUUAGAGAAAUGAUUUCAGUGAGGUCCUCGACACAAGCUGAUGAGAGAUGGCGGAUGCUCCUUCUCUUCCACUCACCCGGAAGCAACACCCGUUGGUCAAGAGCGUCGCACUCCAGCGUUGAAGUGCCUGCUGCCGCUAUGAGGGGUUAG